AUGAACUUAAAAAAGAAUUAGAAUCUAAGAAAAAUCGCAAAUUUCAGGAAAAAUGUAUUCUAAUAGCCCAGAUACUUCUUAAUGAGGAACCUGUGAUUGAAUAUCGACCAUCUUUUAUGGAAGGAUUAGAACUUGAUGCCUUUUUCUGA